ACCAAAGUGCGAGAGCUCGUCGCCAGUAACACCGGAUUGCUUCUUGUUACCGCAUCUCAAGCUUUCUUUGCCCUCAUGAACGUGGCUGUGAAAAAGCUGAACAGCUUAGACCCCCCUGUGCCGCCGCUUGAGCUCAUAUUUGUUCGCAUGGCAAUCACCUACAUUUGUUGCAUGGCGUACAUGCUGUCAACCGGUGUUCCCGAGCCCUUUUUGGGUCCCAAAGGGGUCCGUUUGUUACUGGUAUUGAGGGGGUUUAGUGGAUUUUUCGGGCUUUUUGGAAUCUAUUAUUCCCUGCAGUAUCUUUCUCUAUCUGACGCUACGGUUUUGACAUUCUUGGCGCCGCUGUGUACAGCGGUGGCUGGGGCACUUCUGCUGGGAGAACAGUUCACACGCCGACAAGCUUUGGCUGGUGUUUUCAGUCUUGCUGGAGUUGUGCUUAUUGCGCGGCCAGCGGCAAUUUUUGGUGUUAACUCUAAUCUUUGGGCUCCAGGGGCUAGUCCCGGCCUAGAAUCGAACGAAAAAGGGACACCUGCUCAGAGAUUGGUCGCAGUUUGCGUAGCGAUGGUAGGUGUACUGGGCGCAACUGGCGCAUAUACCAGCAUCCGGGCUAUUGGCAAACGAGCUCACCCUAUGCACGCUAUGACCUUCUUUUCCACACAAUGUGUCGUUGCCUCGUCGGUGGCAAUGCUCGUCACAAAAACUCAUAUUGUCAUUCCGACACGCCUGGAUGGGGUCGCCCUCUUUGCGGUGAUCGGCUUUUUCGGAUUUUUUGCGCAGAUUCUGUUAACAAUGGGUCUCCAGCGUGAAACGGCUGGGCGAGGGACAAUGGCCAUCUAUACACAGAUUGUAUUUGCCUCUGCAUUGGAGCAAAUCUUUUUCCAUACUACCCCUUCCAUGUUCUCGGUGAUCGGAACGGUCGUGAUUCUAACGUCCGCACUAUAUGUUGCAGUAAGCCGU